UGUAGUUGCGGAAGUGGCCUGCACCGUUUGCAGAGGAUGCGACCUGCCCGGUGACUGCGAAGAGAAGUGUGAGCUCGGUGUCCGUCAUACACACACUCGUGAAGGUGAAGAUGGAUGAAUGUGAGACGUGACCCGCUGAGAUCCCUUUCAAUUCCAACAGUUUCGGUUCAGUCCCGACUUGUCUCUGGUCCCGUUAAAUCCGGUGGAAGAUCUUCACGAGGUAUGGGUGCUCUACAGUCCUUACCUGGUAACCCAGAAUACCUUGAUCUGGCGGAAAAGACGGGCUUUUCAUUUGAGCAGAUUAAAAUCCUACAUAAAAGAUUCAAGCAGUUGAGCCACAACGAAGAAGCUCUGCAGAGAGAUCACUUUAACGCAAUCCCAGAUCUGGCAUGCAAUCCCAUCCGUUCGCAGAUCAUAGAGGCCUUCUUUGACAGAAGAAACUUUCGGCAGAAUGGCGAGGGUAUCGUGGAGGAGAUCCGCUUUGAGGAGUUUCUGCUGGUCAUGUCCCAUUUCAGGCCCCCGUCACUGCACAAGAUAGAGGAGCAGCGGGACAGCGUCAGGAGGGAGAAACUGAAAUUUAUAUUCAACAUGCAUGACACAGACAACGACGGGACGAUAACUCUCGAGGAAUACAGACACGUGGUGGAGGAGCUGUUAUCUCUCAGCGAGGGACUGGAGAAGGACACAGCCAAGAGCAUUGCUGAUGCUGCCAUGUUGGAGGUGGCCAGUAUUUCAAUGGGUCACAUGGAGCCUGAUGAGUUCUACGAGGGAAUCACAUUUGAGCAUUUCCUCAAGUUGCUGAAUGGCUUUGAGAUUGAAUCCAGAAUGAACAUUCGCUUUUUGAACAUGGACACGACGACCUUGUGUAAGUGAAGUUGGUACUAUGCAGUGACUUUGGGGAAACUGAAGACCUAUAAUUAAGGUUUUACUAUCUGUUGUUUCCAGUUUGUUGCUUGCGUUGAAUAAUAUGCCUUACUCAUGUUUUAAUAACUAUGCAAACUCAAUGAAAACAUGCAUACUGUAGAUGUAGUAGAAGUAGUUUAUUUGAUUGUUAGCAAUACUAUGAAAUAAUUAGUCAAAUAACAGUCGGCAUGUUAGCAGUUGGACUAAGCAAUAAUCAAUCCAUGUCUGGAGAGUCCGACUCUAUGCAUGACAAUAUUGAUGCCUUUUUAAAAACAGGUUAAUGCCAUAAAUCAAUAACUCUUAAUAAUCAGGGAUAUAAAGGUUUGUCUUUAAAUAUAUUUACAUGUGUCUAAUAAUAGCAAUACAACCAUUUGAAAUGGCUUUUAUUAACAAAUAUGACACUUGGUGCAUGCUCUGCACUCGACAAUAAAAACCCCAUGAACCAGAUCUGACUUCAGCUCAGGGUGUGUCUUUCUGAUUAAAAAGGAAAAUGGGAGUGUUGGCAUGCAAGAUUAAAAGCUUUAAAGGUAGUAUCUGAUCCGUCCAUAUUCAAGAACGACUUACGGAUUCACCUAAGAAAGAUCAUUGUAUAUUUUUUAAAACCACACGCAUGAUAAUGCGUCACAGAGACACUCGGAUAUAGUUUUGUGUAUUGAAAAUGUUGCCACCCUUAAAACUGAGGAUCUUCUGUAUUUCAACUUAUAAUACAACAAAACUUCAGCAGCUUCAUCAGAAGUUUGAAUAACUUUAUAUCCACGUUUAACAUUUCAAGCUAAACUUACAGAACGUUCUCAAUUCUCGUUUCGAAAGCUCCUAUCAGUCAACUAUAACUCCGACCCUUUGGUGUGAUAAAUACGUAACUUUAUUAGCAACAACAUUAAGAACAGUAAUCUCGUAUAACCGUAAGGUUCAAAGCCCAUUACAGCAAAGUGGGAUACAAAGGAAAAACAUAAACAUGAAAGCAAUGUAAGAAGAAAUGGACUAAUGUUAUCAACACCUGUUUAUCUUCUGGUGUUACUGUACAGACAGGUAUUGACCCUUAGUGUGUUGUGUGAUGUUCAGCAUCACUUCUUUCUUAUAAAAGCAUAUUUCCUGUGAAUGCCAAGUGAUAGACUGUCUCUAGAAUGUCCAAAGAUAUGCGUCAGUACUUCUGAGGCACUUCAUACUUCAAUGUAUUCAGUCACGGCUGUAUGCUGCCCCCCGCAGGUUAAAACAUGUAGAGCAUGUUGAAUGAUAAUGAACCUUUCUACGUCAUUUCUACCUUUGUUUAGUAGUAACUCAUGAAAACUGUAAUGCUUUUCAACCUGGGACAUGUUAGGUCAUUGUUGUUGCAGGUGCUCAUCAAUUGAAUCAUUUAGGCUUUUAUUUUUGUAAAUCUGUCCACGGUUUGAAAUAAAAUAUGACAUGUUUGUAGUUCAUAUUUGUAAUCGUGACCUUGUGUUCAUUGGUGGAGAGUCGCAUCGUAUUUCAAUCUGCUCUUCAGUUUUACGAUCUUUCUUUGGUUCUGUGGAGAAUUGUGUUAAAGCAGCCGGUUUAUAAUGUAUCAAAACACCGUAUACCGCAUAAAACAACUAUUUGAAUGUAUAACAUUUGUUCAACUUGAUUUCUUACUUUUGUUUGUUUGAAUUUAGAUCUGAUUUCUCUGAAUUCAAAAAGUUAAUAGAAUAGAUAGGAGACAUUGUUUAUGUGCAUAGUUACAGUUAAUUAAGCUUUGAUGAGAGGAGACAAGGUCGGUCUUUGCUUCAGACUGAAAUAUUUCCACUACUAUUGGGUGGAUUGCCAUGAAACUUGCUACAGAUAUUCACUAAAGAAGCACCUGAUCCUUUGAAUUGAUCCUUUGAAUUGUCCUUCUAGCGCCACCAGCAGGUCAAAGUGUUAAUGUAUUCAGUGAAAUAUCUAAAUCAGAUGGAUUGGCAGACAUUGGUGGUUACCAGAUGAUGUAUCCUCAUGAUUUUGUUAAUCCACUGACAUGUUCUCUAGCGCCACCAUGAGGUGGAAAUCUUUGUUUAUUUGAAAUUCUGAAAUAUUAAAUGGAUUGCCAUACAAUUUGAAUUGUAA